GAUGUUAAUUAAAACAUAUUUAAAUAAUGUUUCAUUUAAAAUCAAAAUGUGUGUUCAUUUUGUUUGUCUUGUUUUGGGUACAAGCUGCGGCAGUUGGUGAAGUGAAUAUUAGUAGUGAUAAUUUUACUUUUACUUACAACAUGGCCCUCCGCUGCAAAGAACAUCAAUGCCUACAUGGCUACAGCUAUGAGACGUUUUACAAACUGGAUGCCGAAGCCCGCAAGCCUCAAACCCCAGGUGCUGUCUUCGAAAUGCAUUUGGCAAUACUAGCUUCAAGCAAUGGACACAUUUUACUGUCUACACUGCCUUUUCCAGACCCCAACGAUCCCGUUUAUGAAAUUGUGGUGGGGGGAGGCGGCAAUAAAUUUACGGAACUCCGGCGCAACUUACGUCGAAAUGCUAAGACUUCGGCGAAAACCACCGGGAUAUUGUCUGCAGUUGAUUUCCGGGCGUUCUACAUCAGAAUAUCGGAAGAUGGUCUAAUAGACUUCGGCAAAGAAGGCUCGCAAGUCUCGAUACUGUCAUAUUACGACGUCAAUCCAUUGCCAAUUAACUACUUCAGUUUCGCCGCAUGGAACGGCGUCGAAGCCAAAUUCUUGUACGACUGCCCUGAUCCAGUUGCAGCCACUACUGAAACUUCCCCGGACUCAACUGCUGUGGAACGAAAGCUAUCAAAUUCGGAAUCACUAAAACGCACCCUCCUUGUGGGCCGAUCUUCUUACCUACCACCGGAAGGUUCUUCCGUCGUGGUCAAGAUUGGUAUUAAAAUAACUAACAUAAAAUACAAUGCUGUUGAUUCUAAGUUAUCCCUUGGAUUGGCCAUCAUUUCAAGUUGGACUGACAACCGAAUGGCUUGGGAACCCAAGAAGUUUAAUAACACCACCAGCCUCACGUUCCGACAGGGGCAAAUAUGGAGACCUACAUUCUUCAAUUUUAAUUCAGAAGAUAUAUCAAUAUUGGAUUCGAAAAAUCCGGAAUUGAUUUCAAUGGCGUCCAGUGGCGAAGCGACUUUCCAUUUCCGGACUGUGGUCAACACAUGGUGCCAUACUGGUACGGGACAGCAGAAAAAUAAGAAUACCUGGCCACACGAUGAAUACUCAUGUACCAUUUUAAUUGGAGCCUGGGAGCCCCAUGAGAUGAUCACAUUAGAAGCUCUUAACACGACAGAUCCGAAAAUGAUGCUCUUUGCAGGUAUGGACGACGUGAUACAAAGUGAAUGGGAGAAGACCAUCAAAGUGGUGAUAGUCUCCAAUGAUAUAUGGAGUAUUGUGUUCGGCGACAGUGACAACACUACUCACCAAAGUGAUCGUCUUUUGAUCUCUAUACAGAUGAGAAGAACGGCAACUACUUAUAAUAUUGUUUUCUAUACUCCUUUGUUAGUCUUGGUAACCUUCGUAUUAAUGUCGUUCUGGACGGAGCCGUUGCAACUCUCCCGGAUAUGGUUCUUUGCAGGAUGUGUCAUUGUCAUUUGCAUGGGAUUGUGUUACGUCGAUUACUUGGUACCUUCACAUAAUGUGCCUUCUCUACUCAUCCUCUAUACCACAAUCCUAAUGGGUAUACUAUUGGCUCUUCUAAUCCAUGUGGCUCUGAUGACAGACACAGCGCAGAAACUUUGCAAGACUGCGUCAGUGCAGUCUGUGCUUACUGCUAAAUGGUUUAGAACUCUAUUCUGCUUGCCAACAAUGAAGACCUGUAAAAUCUACGAAUCCAUAAACGAAGGCUACGCGUCUCAAGAUGACGAUGAACCAGCUUUUGUAAGUCCUCCAAAUAGCACUAUUGAGGAAAUGCAAUGCGACGUCAUUAAAUACGGAGAACCACAAGAACUAGCUGAAGUAGUUGAUAAAACGAUGUUUGUUAUCUACUCUGUCACAUUUGCUAUUAUGUUAGCUCUACAUUUUUAGCUCCACUAU